CCAUGAAGCUGAAAGAGAAAAAAUCGAGGCCAGAGCCACCAAACUAUGGCAGAAUUCAGAGGAAGGGCAUCAGAGUUGUGGGAAAAUGGAAGCAGGUGAAGAUUGACCCAAAUAUGUUUGCAAACGGACAGAUGGAUGACUUGGUGUGCUUUGAGGAACUGACGGAUUAUCAGUUGGUCUCCUCUGGGGAGGGUUCCUCCAGUCUCUUCUCAAAGGAGGAGCCCAAGAAGAGAAAGUCACAAGCUGUUUCAGAAGGAGAGGAGGAAGGAGAGUCUACCUCCUCAAAGAAGAAGAUGAAGUUGAAGAAGAGUAGAGCUGUGGAAACUGAAGGAAGCAGUGCCCAGAAAGUGUUUGAGGGCAAAGAUACUGAGCCAGGGCCCCAGGGAGAUGGCACAGUUUGUCCUGAUCCAGAGGUAGGGGAGAUGGCAUCAGAAAGCCCGGCCCAGAUGGUUCCAAAAAAGAAGAACAAGAAAGGGAAAAAAAAAUCAGAGCCUCCCCAGGGUACUACUCCAAAGGUGCCCAAAAGAGCAAAGACGUGGAUGCCUGAAAUGCGUGAUCACAAGGCAGACGUAUCAGCUUGGAAGGAUCUGUUUGUACCCAAGCCAGUUCUCCGAGGGCUCAGCUUCCUAGGCUUCUCUGCGCCCACACCAGUCCAAGCUCUGACCUUGGCACCUGCCAUUCGUGACAAACUGGACAUCCUUGGGGCUGCUGAGACAGGAAGUGGGAAAACUCUUGCCUUUGCCAUUCCAAUGAUUCAUGCGGUGCUGCAGUGGCAGGUGAAGAAGAAGCCUAUCCCAGCUCUAAGAAACACAGGAGCACCACUUGGGAAGACCAGUAAUGAGGCUGGAGUUGAGACAGGAUCACCAGGCAGGGCUGGAACUGAGUCUGGAGCUUUGCCUGCUGAGAUUGGAAUUGAGGGUGAAGCACUGCCCAGUGAGGCUGGAGCGAAGGCUAGAGCACCACGCAGCCAGGCAAGAGCCAAGAUUGGAGCUACAGUCUCAAACCAGGUGCUGCCCUCCUGUGAUGAUGAUGAUGAUGAUGAUGAUGAUGAUGAUGAUGAUGCCGGUGAAGGACCUUCUUCCCUGAUCAGGGAGACGCCCAUUCCCAAACAGGAUGAAAACAAGGAGGACAAGCUUGAUGAAGAGCAGACUAGAAAGUUCAAACAAGAAUUGGGUGGCAGAAUUGCACAUCCAAGGCGUCCUUUGCUUGGACUGGUUCUGACUCCCACUCGAGAGCUAGCCGUUCAAGUCAAACAACACAUUGAUGCUGUGGCCAAGUUUACAGGCAUUAAAACUGCUAUUUUGGUUGGUGGAAUGUCCACACAGAAACAGCAGAGGAUGCUGAACCGUCAGCCUGAGAUUGUGAUUGCCACUCCAGGCCGGCUGUGGGAGCUAGUUAAAGAAAAGCACCCUCAUUUGAGCAACCUUCGGCAGCUCAGGUGCCUGGUGGUCGAUGAGGCUGACCGCAUGGUUGAGAAAGGCCACUUUGCUGAGCUCUCAAAGCUGCUAGAGAUGCUCAGUGAUUCCCAGUACAACCCAAAGAGACAGACACUUGUUUUUUCGGCCACGCUGACCCUGGUACAUCAAGCUCCUGCUCGAAUCCUUCACAAGAAGCACGCUAAGAAAAUUGACAAAACUGCCAAACUUGACCUCCUCAUGCAGAAGAUUGGCAUGAGGGGCAAGCCCAAGGUCAUCGACCUUACAAGAAAGGAGGCCACGGUAGAGACACUUACAAAGACCAAGAUCCAUUGUGAGACUGAUGAGAAAGACUUAUAUCUGUACUACUUCCUGAUGCAGUAUGCAGGCCGCACCUUAGUGUUUGCCAACAGUAUCUCCUGCAUCAAACGCCUCUCUGGGCUCCUCAAAGUCCUGGAUAUCAUGCCACUGACCCUACAUGCCUGCAUGCACCAGAAGCAGAGGCUCAGAAACCUGGAGCAGUUUGCCCAUCUGGAGGAUUGUGUUCUCCUGGCAACAGAUGUGGCAGCUCGGGGCCUGGAUAUUCCUAAAGUCCAGCAUGUCAUCCAUUACCAGGUAGGGACAUCAGGGAAUUUGUAGGCAUCUCCCAACAUUGAGUGGGGAAUUUUUAAAGCAAGGGUUGAGGGAGGAGGAAUUGUUGGUCCCAAGGCCUCACGCAACAGAGAAUACCACGAGCAUCUAGUGACCAACUGGCUGCUGCCACUUUUGGAACACUGUGGUGAGAGUUAUUCUCCAAAACCUCUUGACACUGUCUGAUGUCAAAUAUCUGAUAGCCCCUUUCUUUUUGAGUUGGGCAGGCUACUUAGUAUUGGCAGGUUAGAGUCUUAGUUUCUUCCAUGAAAUGGGCAUCAUAAGUUUAGCAUGUAAAAUGAUUACCCUGCUUGUAGAGAAAUAAAAGAGUGUGGUAAUUAAGUCCUGCCUGGGCUUAAAUCCCAGCUGUGUACCCUUGAGCAAGUUAUUUAGUGUCUUUGUGCCUCAAUUUUUUCAUUUGUUAAAUGGCAGUUAUUACAGUAUCGACUUCUUAAGUUCUUAUUAAGGUGAAAUAAGUUAUUACGUGUGAGGAGUUUAGAAAGCCAGGUGGCACUUCCUAAAUGUUAGCUGCUGUUGAUCCUGACAUUAAUAUCAGCACAUGUACCUGGUAAAGAUUAGCAUAGAGUGGUGGUUAGGCCUAUGG